AUGAAGACCCUUUCUGUUGCAGUCGUUGCAUGUGCUGUGCUUUCGGCGACAAGUAGUAUCCGGCUCUCGUCAGGAACAGCAGAGGCCCCACUCCAAAGCCAGGUUGCUGCGCAAGCACAAGCACUGCAAAAACUCAAUGCCGAGAUUGCUGAACUACGACGACAGCUACAUACCGCAGGUGCACAGCAGCAGGCUGCAGCUGGAGCACCUGCAGUUUCUGGGAUCCAAAUGGGGAUAAGCUAUCCGGGUAACGAGGAAGCGGCAUCCCCCGAAGGUACCGCAGUGGCACCGGCAGGAGCGACUGCAAAAACUCCCUUGAUUAUUGUAGCUCCCAAGCCAAUGAUGAGUUUCAAUAAUCUGUACGACAAAAUGGUCUUGGAGGCGCAAACACUGGGGACUGAAGGUAUUACCACUUGCUCGCUGUCACUACGUCGGGUCCACGGCUACCAACAUGAACCCCCGCAGCUAACGCCCUUAUGA